CCCACUCUCCGCCGCAAACUCUCAACUCUUCCGACCACCUUCUCUUCCUCAGGGACAUUACACCCCCUCCAAACCAGAUAUUCAGUGUGUGGCCCAAAGAGGGCCUUGGGGUUAAGAUGGAGACUAUCUCCCGGAUAUCUUCGAUGCUGGAAACAGCUCGAGAGCUCACUCUUGAAGCAGCUCAGUCCGCAGCAAUGACCAGAGGUUCCAGUACAGGCCUUACGUCCCGCGACGUAACCACCUCACACAUCAAAAAGUUACUCGAUAGUCGUCAUGAUCGGGAAGUCCUAGAUGGCAUGCGCAGGGUGAUCACGUUGAUGUAUCGCUCCGAGCCCUCUCUUCCUUUCUUCUCGGCAGUCGUCAAGAAUGUCGCAAAUACGAAUAUCGAGGUUAAGAAGCUUGUCUACAUCUACCUGGUUCACCACGCCGAGGCCGAGCCCGAUCUCGCGCUCCUGUCCAUCAACACGAUCCAGAAAUCGCUUACGGAUCAAAGCCCCCAGGUGCGGGCCAUGGCACUCCGCACAAUGUCUGGCAUCAGAGUGCCAGUGAUCAGCCAGAUCGUUUCCCUUGCAAUUAAGCGGGGCUGCGGCGACAUGAGCCCGCAUGUCCGCAAAGCAGCUGCGUUGGCCAUUCCGAAGUGCUAUCGCCUGGACCCGAACACUCUGCCGCAGUUAAUAGGCUACCUGUCUACGCUGCUAGGUGAUACUCAGUAUUUCGUCGCUGGGCCGGCUGUCUCCGCUUUCUUAGAAGUUUGUCCCGAUAGGAUCGAUCUUAUCCACAAGCACUACCGCGGCUUGGUCAAGAAGCUUGUCGAUAUGGAUGAAUGGGGCCAGAUCGCAACGUUACGUCUUUUGACUAUCUAUGCCCGAAAAUGCUUCCCCCCCAAAACUGAGAAAGUUAAACAAGCGGUGUCAAAGGGCUUUUACGAUGAUGAAGAGGGGGAUGACGAGGGUGGCAGGGAAUACGAAGUACCCAUAGUGAAUCCUGAUCUUGAGCUUUUUCUACGCUCCUGCAGGCUACUUUUACAGAAUCGCAAUUCCGCAGUCAUUGUGAAUGUCGUUCGUUGUUUCUUGUAUCUCGCUCCGCCAGAGUACCUUGCUGCUGUUGUUGGUCCUUUGGUUGCUCUACUCCGAAGCCCUCAGGAUGUGCAGCAUAUUGUGCUCUACAACAUUGUUGCUGUUUGCUUGCGUCAUCCCGCGCCUUUCAGAAAAUAUGUCUCUCACUUCCUCGUCCACGCCUCAGAUCCGCCUCAUAUCUGGCGUCUAAAACUCGAGGUUCUUACGAUUCUUUUCCCUCAUUGUGGUCUGCACUUGAAGGGCGUGAUCCUUAGCGAGCUCGAACAUUUCUCUCAGGGAACGGAUCCCGAGCUGGUGCGCGAGAGCGUUCGCGCAAUCGGACGCUGUGCACAAAGUGACCCUAGCACGACUGGUCAUUGUCUUCGCCUACUGCUCAACCAAAUUAUUAGCCUGGACGACAAUCUAGUGUCGGAAUCCUUGACUGUGAUCAGACAUCUAAUCCAGCAAGACCCAGCUUCGCAUGAACAAACGGUCAUUGAGUUGGUGAAACACCUCGGAUUGACGAAUAACCCGGAUGCUAGGGCGACUAUUGUAUGGUUAGUCGGAGAAUAUGCGGGUACAGAACCGGAGAGGAAUUUUGCACCAGAUGUUCUGCGAAUCCUAGUGCAAGACUUCGCUAAUGAGGCAGAAGCCGUGAAACAACAGAUUGUUCUCUUAGGGGCUAAGGUGUAUCUACACCAUCUUCUAAGGAACCCCCCCAAGGAGGAACCUCCGGCAAGCCCCAAGGUUGAACAGCAGUAUAAGAAUGAGUGGACCGAUGAUCAGGACGAGGAGAAAAAUGAAGAAAACAACCUUGAUGAACAGAAAUCUGAGCCGGAGGAAGAUAGAGUUACUCUUCUUUGGAGAUACCUUCUCCUCCUUGCUAGAUAUGACACUUCAUAUGAUCUACGUGACCGUGCUCGACUAUACAAAUCUCUUCUUGCUUCGCCUUCUUCUACACAGCUUGCGAACUUGCUGCUCCUCGCACCGAAACCAGUACCGCAUGCCCCUAGCCCAUCAGAGACACGAAAGGAUCUUUUGAUCGGCUCUUCUACCUUGAUUGUUGGUCCGGACGCGGGACCCCAUGGUCUCAUAGGCUACCAAAGUCUCCCUGACUGGGUUGAGUUAGGAAAAGAACCUGAUCCCAGCCUCCGGGAACCAGAUGUCAAAGCUGAGCUUACAGAGAAAGCCCCUGCGACUGCAGGUGAACGACUUGAUAGAGCCCUACGUGAGCACCAGAACACUGUUGCAGCUGCUAAUAGACAACCGAAUGGGCGCAUGCCAGCAGCAGCAUCGGCAAUGAAGAAUAAGACUCUCGAUCAGUGGUUAGAGGACGAUGAAUCUGAAGAAGAAACAGACUCCGAGGAAGAGGUUACAGACUCCGAGGAGGAGACUGAUGAGGAGACUGAUGAGGAAGAAGAAGAAGAAGAUGAUGAUGAUGAUGACGAGGAAGAGGAAGAAACCGAAGAAGAGACGGAUUCGGAUGAUGGUGAAGAAGCAAGACAACUCCUAACCCAGAGUGGUACGCAUGUUCAGGGAUCCUCGAGGGAUGUUCUUUGAUGAUUCGGGGACAUUUGGAACUACAUGAACCUUACCAUAGAUAUACUAUAUAUAUAGAACAUUGCUCAUAAUCUCAAUGUCAUAGACCCAUAGAACCCUUCAAAGUUAC